CGUACCCUGAGGAAUGAGCAUAUAAAUGAUGACACGAUCGCAAGUUCGAAGACCAACUCACUUCUCGUAUUAUCCUUCUCUCCCCAACAACAAAUCUCAAUCGUCAUGUCUGUCCACGGCAUCAUUCGAAACGUGAAGUGGCCUGAGCUCGUGUUGACGCCGAAGGAUGGCGGGCUCAUUGGCGAGAAAUAUGGUGGUACCGCGACUCAGAGGUGGGGCGGGAAGUAUAAAUGGGACCAAAAGACGCAAGGGUAUCUGUGGACGGUCAAGAACGAUGGCAGUGGCGAUUACUUGGCAUGGAACGCAAGUUCGGACACGAAGGCCGUCAUGAGCCCCAAUGAGCACUGGUGGAAAAUUGUCUUCCAAGGUGGUCACGUCGGAUUCCAAGUCCCCCAUACUGCACAGAGCCCUACAGCCUUCCGUACUUUGCAACUCGAAGCUGAUAAAUCGGUCAUCCUCAAGAACCAGGAAGGGGAUCUCAUCGAUGCGCAGCUGUGGGAGUCCGUCUCGGCGGCGAGCAGGAAUCAUCGAGAGUACGGGCCAUAUGCAGCUUCGUGUCCAAGUUUGAACAGGUGGACAAUGGCAGUUCCAUGGGCUGCAGGAACUCAUCCAUACUCGAACAUCGAGCCUCAAGUGACAGUUGAUGAUGCAUGCUUGAUAUCUAUCAGAGAGAAGAGCCGAGGCGAGACGACAACCACAACGACUAUCAAAACAGACGACGUUAGCGAGAAUGUAGAGGGCCGCCCUGUGCUACCUUGGGACAUCAUUCAAAAACCCUCCAGCUAUGCCAGAUAA